AUGUCUGAUGAACACUGCAAUAAUAUGGGACCUGUUAUGGAUGCAACGCCUGAAAUCCAACAAUUAAGUGACAUCGCUGAGAUCAAGCAUGCAGCCAUUCAUGCUCUACAUAAAAAGCAUCAUGAAAAUCAUGUGCACCACUUCUCUGAAGAACACCGGGAAAAACAUAUAGCGAAUUGGAAAGUAACAAAGUAUGCUGAAGAAGACGUAGCUUAUGGUAUCAACUAUUUCAUGAAAGUAUCCAUCGGUGAUGGUCUGUUCAUUCAUAUUCGAGUUCACCAGCAACAGCAUCACAAAAAGUAUGAUUUUUAUUCAUUACAUGAAACAAUCAAACACAAUGUGGCGACAUGUGUUUUCACAGAAGGUAUAUAUCUAUAG